UAAGGCACAGCUAAGAAAAAACAUCCAUUAGCCUCUGAUUGGCUGCCAUAGUUCUCACACUUCUCUCCCUGUGCAGGUGUGCGUGAGACCCACAACAUGCCCAACUGGGCCCUGACCUCCUCAGACUUCUUUGGUUGGGUGGAGGAGCUGCGCGCCAGCGGUGGCUAUGAGAAGAUCCAGGAUCUGGCCAGAACCUUCUGGGCUCACUUCCCCUCCGCCAGCCGCCUGGGCUACGACCCCCCUGCCCCCGAGGAGUAAGACCACAGGCCCAGCGUUCAGUGCUGCUCCUCUCAGACCUCCACUCUACUGGACCCCAAAGACUGUGACAUGUUCUGGAGAUAGGGCCUAAUGUAUGGUGACCAUUUGGAAAUAUUUGGUCGGUGAAAAUGAAUAGAGAAAC